CACCCGACUACGUACCGUACCUGUACCCGACCGACCCCUUGCUGGGGCCGACCAGCGCCGGGCUGCCUGGACUGAGAGCCUGCCCGCCAACGAAUCACUGAAUUAACAGGCAGGCCAGGGUCUCGCACUCUGAUUUGCGGCGGCUGACAAACGUCAUCCAAUCCGCUCCGACCCUCCCCCAUCGGCCGUCGCCUCAGCCUGAAUCUCGGCUUGCGCUUCGUCGACCUUCGCGGCCCUUCCACAUGUCGCUGGCCUCUCCUCACUGUCCUUUUCAUCGCCUCGUCCUCGCGCCCGCCCGCCCGGUGCUCCAACGCGACGAGUCGGAACGGCCCCCCUAGGACGGCAUUCUUUGCUCCGGCAUCUUUCUUAGCGAGUCAUACGAGCAAGCACCUGACCGGAGGUCUCAGGCCCCAAACGGCGGCCAUUUCGGUACUUGAGGCCUGCAGCUGACAUAUCUCAGAAGCAUCAGCGAAGUUGGUUCCCUACCUGUGCGGUUCGCGCUGUUGCCACCCCGCCUUCAGCCUACGAGGCUAGCAUCUUUGAUGCCCCCUCCAAUAGUGUGAGCUGCGCUCCCAACCUCGGAUUCUUCCCUUGGCCUUUGUUGUUGCUUGAUCGACGUUGUUUGGGACAAACCUUUUUGGUCGCGCUUUCGUUGCCCGCCUCUCCGACCCCCUGUCUUCCCAUUCGACACCUCUUUAACACACCCGGCCUUCACUCUGGCGUCUCGCGCGUUUCGACUUGCCAGCCUCGCUGUUGGCCUCGGACUUGGUGCCUUGACGGCAUAUCAACACAGCCAGGCCCAGAUGGCCUCCCACGACCAGGAGGAUGGUCACCUAGACGCCACCUCUGGUCGCGAGGUUGUCUACUGUCAUGCCUGCACCCACGAAUGGCAUCGCGACGAGCAUGGUCUCGAGUGCCCAGACUGUGGGAGUGACAUAACAGAGAUCGUCGAAGCCGAUAAUGACCCCCGCGAGGUCGACGAUGACUCGUUGAACGCACCGUCGUCAGGACUGCUCGGUCUGCGCCACUACGAGGACGAUUCAGACCCCGAAGAGGCCGAUAUAGAAGAGCACCUCGGGCCACAUGGAUUUGUUCACCGCCGCAGCGUACGUGCCGGCGAUGGCCACGAUAAUCAUCAUGAACCCGGAAUUGCCCCCGUCCUGAAUCGGUUCUAUGAAAUGCUCGAGACCUUUGGCCAACCUCGGCCGAUGGACAGUCGCGAAACCCCUACUCGCAACCCUGGUAGCACUGCCACCCCUUUGCCAACAGUUCAUCGUGCUACCUUUACGACCGGACCUUUUGGCAGAGGAACCGCCUCCGUCACCAUUUACUCUGGCCCUGUCAGACACAACAUGGGCCAUGCGAACAACACGGGCCAUGCCCCUGCUGACCCGUUCCAAUCAAUAUUUUCUGAUGUCCUUCGAGACAUGGGCCCGCCUCCCGUAGGUCAUGGCAAUGCGGGCCCAACAAAUCCUGACGACAUGGGACCUCAAGUUCAAACCUUUGCCCGCAGUCUGCAUGACAUUUUGAGUCUGUUCAGCCCUGCCAACGCCAUGGCUGGCGACGCCGUUUACUCUCAGGAGGCUCUCGACAGAAUCAUAACACAGCUCAUGGAGGCCAACCCACAAUCUAAUGCGGCACCUCCAGCUUCCGACCAGGCCCUUCGGUCUCUCGACCGGCGCCCUGUCGAUCGCGAGAUGCUCAAGGGAGAGACUAAGACCGAGUGUACGAUUUGUAUCGACGAGCUCAAGAUCGGAGACAUGGCAGUGUUCCUACCCUGCAAGCAUUGGUUUCACGAGGACUGUGUCGUACUAUGGCUGAAGGAACACAACACUUGUCCAAUUUGCAGAACGCCUAUCGAGAAGCGCAAUGGCCCGAACGAUGCCGGUAGCACAGGCCAAUCUGACAACGCCUCGGCGCCAAAUGCAUCGGGCUUGAGAUCUGGCCCUGCCCCUUACAACCCCUCAUCGGUCGACUACACCGCCAAUGCGACGAACGAAGGACCGAGACGUUUUCGAACAAGUUUCAGCGGACAUUUCGGUGGAAACUACAGCUCUGGCGCUGGGCGGGCCAACGAGGAGUCAACAAGGACGUCGGAGCCGACACACCCACGAGCCAUUCCCGGCCGGCGCUCUAGUCAGCUCAACGAGGCCUUCCGGGCUGUGACAACGAUACAACAAGAGCGCGAUCGAGCACGCGGACGUGGCACCCCCUCACAGACCAUCUUUGACACGUCCAGGUUGCAAAGACGGACCUCCUUGUCGCCGUCCAGUCCAAGACAAGGAGCGAUGGCCGAUUACGGCUCUCGAAUGAGGCAACGAAGUCCGUCGGAGAGCAGCAGGCGCGGACAAGGCGAUCGCGUGAAUGGCCGGUCUGGUGGACAGGGACCAAUCAGUUGGCUACGUGAUCGUUUCUCUAGUUCCGGCGGCUCGAAUCAGGGUUCGUCGCGGGACGACAGGCGACAGUAGGAGGACAGCCUCGCUCGUUAGCCACGGGGCGAUUUUUGGCUGCGACUAUGGGAAGACGUUCAAGAUGCGCUGCCAAGGGCUGUGAGAGACGCAUGGGGACGAUAGAUGAUGUGUGUCGCGCGGUGCACGUGCUGGCCGUAUGCAUGGAAGAAGGUCCCCGUUCCAAUGGCCCGGCACGCAGAAGCUUGGCAGGGGAAUGUGUUAACAGGACACGGGGUAAGGCAGCACAGGAUGCUCUCAAGGUCAGGCUGUGAGGUGCGAGGGCAGCCAUGAUUCAUGACGGGAGAAUGAUUAACGACUACGAGGAACUGCAUGGCGUGGGCUACCACCUGCCAUCGUCGCUAUGAAAAGUUGAUCUUCAAGCCGGGAUGAAGCGAACUUUAGAGCGGGCCAAGUGGGAUGCAUGUAGGGAAGGCGUGUCGUUUGGAGAACACCAAGGCAAGGCGCCGGGCAACCGUGAGCAACAGCCCACAAGUCGUCGGAUAGAAGAAGGAAGAAACAACGAGAGGCCGACGGGGCCGAGAUUGCAACCGCCAGUGCCAUUCGCCUCUUUGGGAGACGAGCAUAUUUCGUAGGCUCGGCAGGCUGCAGGAUCGGACCGCUCCGGCUACGUGUGUCGCUAGGAGGGCGCGUUCAAUUGAGUCUGGAUACUCCCGGAAAGGCUCUUCGUGGUCUCGCGCGUCGUCGGUUAGUUACACCAAUGCCGAUCUCCUGGCCGCCUGCGUUGAACUUGCACCCCCCCACACGAAGAGACCGUCGCGCCGGCCGUGAAGUUU